CAUUAUCAAUUUCAUUUUCUUUUCUUUCCAGUUCAACCCUCAGCGAAUCUUAGUUCAAAACUUGGACCAAAUCCCUCCACCGUGACGUGUCCCAACUGUGGAGCAAGUAAAACUACACGUAUGUGCUAUACACCAAAUACAAAAACACAUUUUAGUGCUUUACUCUUGUGUUUAGUGGGAUGGUGCUGUUGUGCUUGUAUUGUGCCUUAUUGCAUGAAUAGCUGUCGUACUGGAAAUCAUUACUGCUCUAAAUGUAAUGCCUUUCUGGGGGCCUAUCAUCCCGGAUCACAUCGCAGAUAUGGUAGACGACGACAUUGAAAUAAAGUUAAUUUAGUCUAGAAAAAGUUUUCUUUAAUGUAAUUUACAAAUUUUGUUAGCAAUUGUAAAUGGUUGGGGAUGGUCCAAGUUAAGGUAUAUUUUUAAAAAUCAUAUUUACUGGAGACAGAUAAUUUUGCACCAAUCAAAAUAGUGGUCAUUAGUUCGUUCUGUAAGGCAAGGCAAAUUGUUCGAUUUGAAGAGUUUUUGCCGAGAAGCUCUAACCGAUUUGUAAGAUCAACUAGAAAUCGGCGAGAAUACUUUAAAAGGUUGGAUUGACAAAAGACCUAUAGCGAAGACUGCCAAAGAAGCUGUAUAUAAAGAUAUAUAGCUUCAAAUUUUUACUGAUUUUAUAUAAUACUGGAUCCAUUAGGACCAUCCCUUUAUAAUAAUUUUCAAACAGUCUAAAUAAUUCUAUAAAUUAUAAACAUUUUAAAUGUUACUAGUUUUAUAAGAUUUUAGAUAUAAUUAUUUCGAAUGAAUCAAAAUUAUGUAUAUUUUCAAAAAUGCGGAAAAUAACUCAAAAUUGUUAAUAUAAAAUUAUUAUUAUAAGUAUUUUAAACAUGUUUUUAAUAAAUUUAUAAAAUAUCAUAAACAAAUAAAAAAUCAUAUUAAGUUGCUGCCUUAAGUGGCACCAUAAAUGGAAGUGUCAUGCGAGUGGGUGUCUGACUACAAACUGGCUCCUCAUACAAUUAACACAUAUUUCUAUAUUUAUCUAAAAAACUUCUGCUCAAAAGUGUGUUUCUAUAAAA